GACCGUCCAGACAUCCUAGCCUCAUUCUCCCUCAUCAACAACCUCUAGCCACCAUGGUGGAGAAGGAGCAGGCAAGACCGCUAGCCCCGGCCGGCUACCGACCCAGCAGCGACGACAAUGAAGCUGCCCUCCACAUAAAAAGAGCUCGACAAAAGAAGUUCAUAAACUGCUGCGGGUGCAUAACAGCCAUAGUGCUAAUCCAAGCCGUUGUUAUCAUAAUCCUAGCUUUCACCGUGUUCCGAGUCAAGGAGCCGAAAAUCAACAUGAACAAAGUCACAGUCACAAAGCUCGAGCUGGUCAAUGGCACCACCCCCAAGCCGGGCACCAACAUCUCUUUAACGGCUGAUGUUUCGGUGAAGAAUCCAAACGUGGCUUCGUUCAAGUACAGCAACACCACCACCACGCUGUAUUAUCACGGCACGGUGGUGGGGGAGGCUAGAGGUCCGCCUGGACGAUCUAAGGCCCGACGGACGAUGAGGAUGAACAUCACCGUGGAUAUUAUCACCGACAUGCUGAUUACCAACCCGAACCUGAAGGCGGACGUGGAUUCGGGGCUGUUGACGAUGAGCAGCUAUUCUAGGAUUCCGGGAAGGGUGAACAUGUUGAAUAUAGUGAAGAAGCAUGUCAUUGUGAAGAUGAACUGUACUAUGACGGUUAAUAUUUCUAGCCAGGCGAUUCAAGAACAAAAGUGCAAGAGGAAGGUUAAUCUAUAGGUGGGUUUCGAUCCUUUGUACUUUGUUUAUUGAAAUUGAUCGAUUACAUCAUAGCAUAUGUAGCAAUGAUCUAUGAUUAUACGUAAGAUCGUCGUUAGUCGAGCUUAUUUCUAUCAUAAAAAUGAUCUAUUUUUACUUCGAUCCCUUGUAUCCGAUCUGUAUUUACCAAACCAAUCUCAAUGAAGAGGAAAUCUUGUGUCCCAAGUUUGUUAA